AUGUCACAAUCCAAGCAAAUAGACACGUUAGCAAGCGCCUUAGUCGCUCGGUUUCUUCGAACCAAUGCAUUCACAGAGACAUUGCGGGCGUUCAUUCGUGAGGCCGGCCUGCCUCCAGACGUGGGGCAGACAUCUGGCGACGACACUCACAAUAUGACGAUUCAAAGCCUGUUGGAGGAGAAGAAAGCGUACGACCAAAGCGUGAAUUUCGAGCGACUGGGUGAUGCCAGAGGAGAGAUUGUGACGUGGAAGACCCCGUCACCCUAUAAACCAACCGUUCUUUGUACUCCAUCAUCUGCGAACCUGCUCGCUGCCUCAGUCGAGCUAUGGCAAGACUCAGGUCCGCGUGAAGAGGCCAGCGGCGCUUCUGGACAUGCUUCGUCGAUUGGACCACGGCCAUUGAUCAUGUCAACGGGUGCAGAUAGGCAAAUGCACGUACUCGACAUUAAACCGGGCAACGACCAUGUGACUUCAUUCACCGGACUAUCGGAUUCCCCCGUCCUGUCCUUCGUGCCAAUUCUUGAGGGUCGCUUUAUCCUCAUGACCAACAUGUCGGGGCAUCUUCUUCUCCAGCAUGGCUCAGAGAUUGCGCUGAGCAGGAAAGAUCAUGCCAAAUACGCCAUCAAGGUAAUCGUACACGAGGAUUCGGACGCCUCGGCCGACUCCAAGACCCUGUGGAUUGCUACCGCAGGCUGGGACGCGACAAUCUUCUUGUACAAGGUAACUAUCCGACUUGUCGAUGAAGAUGUCACACCGGUCAUUGGCGAUCCUGUUGCAUGUAUCAAGCUGGCCUCGAAUCCGGAGUCACUAUUGUUCGUCCGCCACGUGGACUCUGGAGAACUGAUCCUGUUGGUCUCGCGCCGCGAUUCUAGCCACAUAUACUACUACAAGGCCGAGCAAAUUCCCGAGCAGAAUGCGCAGCAGUCACAGAGUGACAGCAGCCAAAGCUCAUCGCAGAAAGGCCCCCCUGAAUGUCGUUUGCUCGGAAAGCAAAACCUCGCACCGCAUUCUAAUGCAUGGGUAGCUUUUUCCCCAUCGCAUAUGGCACUGAGCCCGCUGGACUCUGGUCUUCUUGCCGUGGCUACGUCCUCAGAGCCUCACAUGAAAGUGAUUAUAGUCCGCCUUCUUUUCCCCCGAACGCCGGCUCCCAGUGACGCUCAAGAGUUUACGGCAGAAAUAGCUGUAACACAAGCAUCGCAAGCUCUGGAAGCGCUCGCCGUACAGAACCGGGAAGACGCCGCAAUCUUGGUCCAAGCAAAUACGUUCGCGCCCCAGACAUCAUACUCGACGCCGCAAGUUGCUUGGCGGCCUGACGGUUCAGGAGUAUGGGUGAAUGGUGAUGACGGAGUGGUCAGAGGGAUUGAGAUCAAGACCGGCAAAGUGGUUGCAAACCUCAAGCAGGGUCAUGAGCCAGGGUGCAAGGUUCGGACUAUCUGGGCAGGAUAUGUUGAUGUGCCUGGAGAGGAUGGACAUGCCCGGGAGGAGUGGGUGAUCAGUGGCGGGUUUGAUAAGAGGUUAAUUGUCUGGAAGAUAUAA